AUGUCUGGAACACAUCUGGAGGACCUGCCCGCAGAGGUGCUACUCCGCGUGUUCCAAAAUUUGGACAACAUCGACGAUGCAUUCCAUCUCGGUCGUUCCUGUCGGCGUUUGUAUCAGAUUCUAGAUCGUCCUGGUCAUCGGUUUACCAUCAUGAGGUCCAUCAUUAUACAAUCCCCGUACCACAGAUAUGAUCUCCAGGUCUCCCAUAUGAGCCAGUUCCACGCUGAAUGCAUGAAAAUCUACGCAGAUCAACCCCGACUGCCUGUGUCUAGCCGGCCGGAAUACACCAUCAUCAAAAAAUUCAAGCGGCUGCGGUCACCGACGAAGCAGCUACUGUCGUCGCCGGAGGUGGUGUUUGAAGUCGUCUGCAGAUGGCAAGCGAUGAAGGUGCUCUUUGAUGUAUACUGCGAUAUGCCCAAUAGCUUGAACUUCUUGCACAGUGGUGGCCAUAUAGGCGUCCGAACCAUGGCCACCCUAUACGACGAACCGGAGAAUCAACUGUUGCCGCUCGAGACUCUUCCCAACAUUCAAGGCCUUCCAGCCGCGGAGAAGAAGCGGGCCUACCAACGACUCUACCGGGCACUUAUGGUUCACUGGACAAAUCUAGAGUCUGCCUGGCUGGCCCGAAUCUGCAAAUCGGAGAUCGCGGCUGAGCACAUCAUGGCUUUCGAUGAAGUCUACGACAUGUGGUCCUGUAAUCCGGAUCGAGCACUCCAAGAGAAGUUCGACAUCAUCGAAGUGGUGGAUUUCUUGCGGUACUGGCUAGUCGAAAAUGUCAUCUUUCAAGAUCGUCCAUGUCUCCUGGAUUGGUUUGAUAGCGCUUCGCAAUCACACACGCCUGCUGACCUCUCCUCCCCUCUUCAUCUGUGGCUUUCGCAUGUCAAUGACGACAUGGAGCCUCGGGACUACUCAGCCGAAUUAUCUGACCUGGACUUCCUUGAAGUCUGCUCGGAGCUCUUUGUCGAGGACAUGGCCCAGCACUUGCGCCCACCCCAUGUCAUCGAACUCUUGUCUCUUCUGGCCUGGGCGCCAACGACAUCCUGGAAGAUCGACCGUCCUCGAUAUGUGCGCCAGUUAGGUAUGAUGGAUACUCUCUACAUAUGGGAAUUAAGAGGUGAACAGGAGCAACCGCCGCGCUAUACCCCGGAGCUUUUGGAGGAUGACGUUCAGGGCGACCUUGAGAACAUAGGAUGCGAGGUCCAGGAGGAAGAAUUGGCUGAUGAGAUCAAAAGGGGGUGUAGUCUCCCUGGUAGGUUUAUUAGCCUUCAUUCGGUGAAAGAGGAGUGUUCGGGGCAAUGGCGGCAGUAUCGCGAGAAGGAUUGGGUUUCUGAGAUGAGACGUCAGGUUCUCUUCCGACAGGAAUCUGAGGGAAAGCUUUUUGAGCGUAUCAUUUGCCUCGAGAAGUUGUAUCUUGAGGGAGAUACAUAUCCAGAAAGCCCGGAAUCUGGACUUGAGCCUGAACACGAUACUUACAUUUGA